AUGCAGCGCGCUGCUGCAUCUGCUGCCGCGAAAGAAUCGCGGAGUCCAGCGGCUGAGGAUGAUCAGCGCACGCCAAAGCGCCCCAGGCUGUCCACAGAAGCCGGCAGCCCGGCCACUCCCCAGUCCGAUCUGGAGGCUAUCUCCGCGGCGCUGGCUGCUGAAGAAGCGAAGCGGCGAGAGGCUGUUGCUCGACAAGCAGCCGAGGCGGGCGAGUCUGAAUGGGUGCUGGACAUCCCCGCUGCAGACUAUGCCCCGCAGCCAAUUGUGCUUGCGGCAGACUCAUUGGAUGCUGAGGAUGAUCUCCCUCAGGGUGGCCGUCGUGCAUACGGAAACUUCAAGCGCAGCAAGCCCUCUGUGAGUUCCUUCUUGCACAUGUCCUUGUUUGAUCACAGACUAAUAUUUCCACAGGCACCCACCCACCCCGACGCCGACCAAGAUGAUGACGACGACGAUGAGGAGGAGGAGGAGCUGACUGCCAAGGACGCAGCGAAUCCGCAGGCUGUUGAGGCCUGGCUUGAAAGAGUCAGGCAGAAGGGGCUGGCCAAGGAAGCACGCCGAAAGGCGGCUAUGGCCAAACAAGACAAGGUCAGGCUAUCUGGGCUGACCAGUAUUUCUGGCUCGCGCCCGGCCGCGUCUCCCAAGAAUAACUCCCAGUCAUCGAAAAAGAAGAAGAAGCGCAAGGAUUAG